AUGUCCAUGGCGUCUUCUUCUUCACUUGCCACCCAGUCCUUUUACACUUCCUUUCCAUUAUCUCACCGACUCCACCUCCCUGAACCUUAUCUACUCCUUCGCUCUUCACUCUAUCGAAAACCCCUUUCUCUCUCUGCUACUUCCCCUUCAUCAUCUUCCUCAUCUUCUUCUUCUUCUCCUCCCAUUUUCCUCUCCUUCUUCGACGACCCUUUACCAGAAAAUGUGCAGGAACCAGACAAUUCAACAAACAAUACCCAAGAAGAAGAGGAAGUGGAAGAAGAAGGUUUCAAAGAUCCAAUUCUUAAAUUCUUCAAGUUACGAACUUUAGCAGCAGAAUCAACCGAAGACCCUUCUCGAGAAUCCAAAUUCUCCCUCCAGAAAAACCGUCGAACUUCUUGGCACCUGGCUUCAGAUUUCGAAUCCGAAAUCGACCCCGAGCCAACGAUAUCAGUCUCUGAGGCAAACCAACAAACACUUGGCGUGCAAACUCCAUUCGAAAGUAGCAUCAUCCCUGGGGAAAUUCUAGAAAUUGCUAAGAAUCUGAAAGAGAAUCAAACUCUGGGAGAGAUGCUAUCAGGUUUCGAAGGGAAGAUCAACGAAACAGAGUGCGUAGAGGCGUUAGUGAUGAUGGGUGAAUCUGGUUUUGUCAAGAGUUGUUUGUAUUUCUACGAGUGGAUGAGUUUGCAGAAUCCGUCACUUGCUUCGCCUCGUGCUUGCUCAGUUUUGUUUACAUUGCUCGGUAGAGAAUCAAUGGCUGAUAAGAUUCUGCCUCUGCUUCGUAAUUUACCAGACAAGGAAGAGUUUAGAGAUGCUCGUCUCUACAAUGCCGCCAUUUCUGGACUCUCAGCUUCUCAAAGAUAUGAUGAUGCUUGGGAAGUGUAUGAAUCCAUGGAUAAGAUCAAUGUAGAUCCAGACAAUGUUACAUGUGCUAUAAUGAUCACAACGAUGAGGAAAGCAGGACGAAAUGCGAAAGAAAUUUGGGAGAUAUUCGAGAAGAUGAGCGAGAAAGGAGUGAGAUGGAGUCAAGAUAUAUUCGGUGGCCUAGUGAAAUCGUUUUGUGACGAAGGGCUAAAAGAAGAAGCUCUUGUGAUCCAAACAGAGAUGGAGAAGAAAGGCAUACGUUCCAACACGAUUGUGUACAACACAUUGAUGGAUGCUUACAACAAAUCCAAUAACAUCGAAGAAGUUGAAGGACUUUUCGCUGAAAUGAAAGCUAAAAGCUUGAAGCCUACAUCUGCAACUUACAACAUUCUCAUGGAUGCUUAUGCUAGAAGAAUGCAGCCUGAUAUCGUAGAGACGCUUCUCCAGGAAAUGGAAGGGUUAGGUUUAGAGCCAAAUGUGAAAUCUUAUACUUGUUUGAUUAGUGCUUAUGGGAGGACUAAGAAGAUGAGUGAUAUGGCUGCUGAUGCUUUCUUGAGGAUGAAGAAAGUAGGUUUGAGACCUAGCUCGCAUUCUUACACUGCUCUUAUUCAUGCUUACUCUGUUAGCGGAUGGCAUGAGAAAGCUUAUGCUUCCUUUGAAGAGAUGUGUAGAGAAGGGAUUAAACCGUCUGUUGAAACAUACACGUCGCUUCUCGAUGCGUUUAGACGGUCUGGUGAUGUCGAAAAGCUGAUGGAGAUUUGGAAACUGAUGCUGAGAGAGAAAGUCUGUGGGACAAGGAUAACAUAUAACACUGUUCUUGAUGGAUUUGCCAAGCAAGGUCGUUACAUCGAAGCGAGGGAUGUUGUUGCCGAGUUUGGGAAAAUGGGUUUGCUUCCUACUGUUAUGACUUACAAUAUGCUGAUGAACGCUUACGCACGAGGAGGACAAGAUUCGAAGUUGCCUCAGCUGUUGAAGGAAAUGGCUGCUCUUAACUUGAAGCCUGACUCCAUCACGUAUUCGACUAUGAUCUACGCGUUUGUUCGUGUUCGAGACUUCAAGAGAGCGUUCUUUUACCACAAGAUGAUGGUUAAAAACGGGCAAGUACCUGACCCGAGGUCCUACGAGAAACUUAGAGCGAUUCUUGAAGACAAGGCAAAGACCAAGAACAGAAAGGAUAAGAGUGCUAUACUUGGUAUAAUCAAUAGCAAAUUCGGCCGGGUUAAAGCUAAUCCGAGAGGCAAGAAAGAUGAGUUUUGGAAAUACAAGAGGAACAGAGAAUCUUAUAAACCUGAUCCUCAACGAUCUUGA